CAUUUUGAAACUUUUCCACCAAACAAAUAUAAAUUCUUUUUUUUGUGUCAUAAUCUAUAGAUAAUUUAAAGUAAACAAAAAUCGAAUUUUUUUUAAUUUGAUGCAAUGUUUGGCUCACAAAAAGCCUAUGGAGCAAAUAAUCAACAACAACAAUCGAAUAAUAAUACGACCUAUGGCAAUAAUAAUACAUCGUCCUAUUAUUCAUCAUCAUCAAAUGAUUCAUUUUGGGGAAAUCAACAACGAUCAAACAAUAUUGAUAAUAAUCGAUUGAAUUAUUCGUCUGCUGCUGCUGCUGUUGUUCGUGAUUCUUCUUCUGUUACUGGUAUUGCAAAUGAUUCACUUUAUGGAUAUCAAACUAAUCUAGAUUCUCGUUCAGACAACAAAUUGGCUACGGUAAAAUCCGAAAAAUAUGGUAAUUUAGCUUCAUUCGCAUCAUCGGCAAAAAAAUCAACAACAUGGGCAACAAUUGCAUCACAGCCAGCUAAAUCACAACCAAAAUCAUUAAAAUUAACUAAAAUGGCAGGAUUAACUGGAACAACAUCAAAACAUUUACCACCAACAGUUGCAAUGGAUGCUAUGUGGGAUUCUCCAAAAAAUAAUGGUAUAUCAAUUGGUGCUGGUGGUGCAAAUAAAUCAAGUACAGGUUCUUUAUCUACUUCUGGUUCUGUGAUUACUGUUAAUCCUUCGUCAGUGUCUCCAACAGUACAACAAACAUCAAAUUCUGAUGAUCUUUAUUCGCCGGUUUCGAAUAUGAUCGAAAAAUUUCCCUCUUCCGAUAAUGAUCCACCAUUACCUUCAGCUCAACCAUCGCAACCAGUAGUAGUAACUAGAGAAAAUUCUUGGAACAGUGCUAACAAUAAUGGAAACAAUAAUAAUAGUUCACCUGAAGGUUCUGUUUCAAAUUCUAUGGAUUCCAGACAAACUCCAAUCUAUCCUCCUCCUAAUCAAACAUCUAUGCCGAACAGACAUCAACAACAGCCCAAAUAUAAUGAACAUAAUGGUAAUCAUAGUCAAAUGUAUCAACAACGUGGUGGUGGUGGUGGCAAUAAUAUGGAUCAUAAUCCACAUCGUUAUCCACAACAACAACAACAACAACAAUCCCGGCCACCAGCAAGUAAAUCUCCAUUAGAUAAUGACAUUCAAUCCUUUGCCAAUAAUAAUAUUAAUAACAACAAUAAUAAUAAUAAUAAUUCAAAUCGUUAUACAAAUCAUCAAGUUCCACCACCACCAGCAAUGAGAGAUCUUGAACCAGAAGAUGAUGAUGAUGAUGAUGAUGAAAAUGAAACUAAUGCAAAUGAUAUUGAUGAUUUAGCAUAUGCUUUAUUGCAAAAGCUUCGUUUAGAAAAUAAUUAUAAUCCAAAAGAAUUUGAUGUAAAUUUACGUCAAGCAAGAUUUUUUAUUAUAAAAUCAUAUAGUGAAGAUGAUAUUCAUCGUAGUAUUAAAUAUUCUAUUUGGUGUUCAACUGAACACGGUAACAAACGAUUGGAUAAUGCAUUUCGUCAACAAGAAGAUAAAGGUCCAAUUUAUCUUUUCUUUUCUGUUAAUCGCUCAGGCCAUUUUUGUGGAGUAGCUCAAAUGAUGUCAUAUGUUGAUUAUGAUGCAUUGGCAGGUGUUUGGUCACAAGACAAAUGGAAAGGACAAUUUAAAGUAAAAUGGAUUUAUGUAAAAGAUGUACCUAAUGAUGAGCUUAGGCAUAUAACAUUGGAAAAUAAUGAAAAUAAACCAGUGACAAAUUCAAGAGAUACACAAGAAGUGCCCUAUGAACAAGGAAAAAAAGUGAUGACCAUCAUACAUAAUUAUAAACAUGCGACAUCGAUUUUUGAUGAUUUUCUUCAUUAUGAAAAGAAACAAAAUGAAGAAAAGGCAAUGAAUUCGAUGCCAUCAUCGAAUUCUUAUCAUCAUCAUCAUCCACAACAACAACAACAACCGCAGCGACCAAGACCAAAUUUGUCUUCACCGCCACCGGCUCAUGUGAAUAAUUAUUAUGCCAAUGCCCCGAAACCGAUGCAAUCAAAUUCUCAUCAUCCACCACCACCACCAUCAUCACAAAUUCGUCAUGAUUCAAUUAAUAAUGGUCCAUCGAUGCAAAGUGGACCAUAUCGUGGCAAUACCAAUUAUAUUAACAAACCUCGUUCCUAUCCAGAUAAUCGAGGUGGUAUGGACAGUGGUGGUGGUGGAACACAUCAUCAUCGUAACGAUUAUCAUAAUAAUGAUGUUUAUUCGCAAGGGCCACCACCCCCAUUACCGCCAUCUUCACAAAUAUCGACACAGCAUCGAAAUAAUAAUUUCCGUAAUAAUAAUAAUUAUGGUGGACCUAAUCGAGUAUCUGAUUAUCGUGGUCGUGAUUAUAAUAAUCGAGCUGAUCAAUAUCAUCAACGAGAUACAGGUUAUCGAAGUUCAGAUUAUUAUCAACAACCACCAUCGCAACGUGAUUAUGGUCAUCAACCACCACCACCAAUCAAUGAUUAUGGAGGAAGUAGAGAUUAUCCUAGAGGAGGAGGCGGCGGAGCUGGAAAUCAUACAUGGAGAAACUAGAUCAAUCAAUCAAUCAAACGAAAUAUUCUGCCAUUCAAUUCAUUAUUCUGGACGAAAUGAAAUGAAA